CUUGGUCUGUAUUAUUGAUAGCAUUAAAUGCUGGUUAUUGUUAUUGUUUUUAAAGUUACAGCUCCUAGAUUUUCCUUUUCCCAUGUUUACUUCAGAAGGGAUAGCGAAGCCAACCACCCUGUCACCCUCCCCUCAGCUCCCCUCAGCCCCGCGGCCCUCCCCACGCCGCCAUUUCCCUGCGUGCCCCGGCCCGCCCCGCAUGCGCAGAGGGUCGGGGGCCGGCAGCGGCCCGGGCAGCCUGGGCGCCGGCACCGCCGCCAUGGGCUGAGGGUGGCGGCGGGGGAGCUGUCGGCGGCGGCUCCGAGGAUGGAGAGAGCCAUGGAGCAGCUCAACCGCCUCACCAGGUCCCUGCGCCGCGCCCGCACCGUGGAGCUGCCGGACGAUAAUGAAACUGCUGUCUAUACGCUAAUGCCAAUGGUGAUGGCUGACCAGCACAGGUCUGUCUCAGAGCUGCUAUCAAAUUCAAAAUUUGAUGUGAAUUAUGCAUUUGGACGUGUGAAGAGAAGUUUGCUUCAUAUUGCAGCAAAGUAAGACUUAUUAGAGUCCAGACCAGAAGUUAACAAUGAAAGUAAUACCACAAAUCUAAGGCAUCAAUCUGUGGAUCAGUUGAAUGCCUUGUUCUACUAUUAAAAAAAGGAGCAAAUCCAAACUAUCAGGACAUUUCAGGAUGCACACCUCUCCAUUUAGCAGCAAGGAAUGGCCAGAAGAAAUGUAUGAGCAAGCUGCUGGAAUACAGUGCAGAUGUCAACAUUUGUAAUAAUGAAGGCUUGACUGCAAUUCAUUGGUUGGCUGUCAAUGGACGAACAGAAUUGCUUCAUGAUCUUGUGCAGCAUGUCAGUAACGUAGAUGUUGAAGAUGCAAUGGGACAGACAGCCCUUCACGUAGCUUGUCAAAACGGACACAAGACAACGGUGCAGUGUUUGCUGGACAGUGGUGCAGAUAUAAACAGGCCCAAUGUGUCAGGGGCAACUCCACUGUAUUUUGCUUGCAGCCAUGGUCAGAGGGACACUGCACAAAUUCUUCUGAUGAGAGGAGCCAAAUAUUUACCAGACAAAAAUGGCAUUACUCCACUAGAUCUUUGUGUACAGGGUGGGUACGGGGAGACCUGUGAAGUCUUAAUUCAGUACCAUCCUCGACUUUUCCAGACAAUAAUUCAAAUGACACAGAACGAAGAUCUACGGGAAAACAUGUUGCGGCAAGUUCUGGAACAUUUGUCUCAGCAGAGCGAGAGCCAGUAUCUUAAAAUCCUGACAAGUCUUGCUGAAGUUGCUACAACAAAUGGUCAUAAGUUGCUUAGCUUGUCAAGUAAUUAUGAAGCUCAAAUGAAGAGUCUCUUAAGGAUCGUGAGGAUAUUUUGCCAUGUCUUUCGCAUUGGCCCAUCUUCUCCCAGUAAUGGAAAUGACAUGGGCUACAAUGGAAAUAAAACUCCAAGAAGUCAGGUGUUCAAGGUCAGAAAAGUAUAUGAUGUUGUUAGGAAGAUAGACGUUAAAGAGAUGAAUUUCACAAAGCAUGCAUUCAUUAAUCAGACAUCUCAUGAACAGGAACCAUUGGAACUGCUCUGGCACUCUUUGGAUGAAUGGCUAGUUCUUAUAGCCACAGAGCUGAUGAAAAACAAAAGGGACUCUGCCAACAUUACUUCUAUUUUGCUGAAGCAAAAAGGACCAGAUCACCAGGAUGCUACUCCUACUCCUUCCUUUGCCACUGCAGGAACUGAGAGCACAAAAGAGCUAUCCACUGACACAGGGGACUCGAAAACAUAUGAAGUUGCUGGGAAGCAGGAAGCUUAUGCUGAUUGCCAGGAUGUUAUCUCCAUGACAGCAAACAGGCUAAGUGCUGUCAUUCAAGCAUUUUAUAUGUGCUGCUCCUGUCAGAUGCCUCAGGGGAUGACAUCACCUCGCUUUAUAGAAUUUGUUUGUAAGCAUGAUGAUGUCCUUAAGUGUUUUGUUAACCGAAAUCCCAAAAUAAUUUUUGAUCACUUUCAUUUCCUUCUUGAGUGUCCUGAACUAAUGUCCAGAUUUAUGCACAUCAUAAAGGCUCAGCCAUUUAAAGAUCGCUGUGAAUGGUUUUAUGAACAUCUGCAUUCGGGGCAACCAGAUUCAGACAUGGUGCACAGGCCUGUCAAUGAAAAUGACAUCCUUCUGGUUCACAGAGAUUCUAUUUUUAGGAGUAGCUGUGAAGUUGUCUCUAAAGCAAAUUGUGCAAAACUAAAGCAAGGGAUUGCUGUGCGAUUUCAUGGAGAAGAAGGCAUGGGGCAGGGUGUGGUGCGUGAGUGGUUUGAUAUUUUAUCCAGUGAAAUAGUUAACCCAGAUUAUGCCUUAUUUACCCAGUCAGCUGAUGGAACAACUUUCCAGCCAAACAGCAACUCUUCUGUAAAUCCAGAUCAUUUGAACUACUUCCGUUUUGCAGGCCAGAUCCUGGGACUAGCUCUGAAUCACAGGCAGUUGGUGAACAUUUACUUCACAAGGUCAUUCUACAAACAUAUUCUUGGUAUACCUGUAAAUUAUCAAGAUGUAGCAUCUAUUGAUCCAGAGUAUGCAAAGAACUUGCAGUGGAUUUUAGAUAAUGAUAUCAGUGAUCUGGGUUUAGAGCUGACCUUCUCUGUUGAAACUGAUGUCUUUGGAGCAAUGGAAGAAGUGCCAUUAAAGCCAGGGGGUGCAAGUAUACUUGUUACACAGGAAAACAAGGCUGAGUAUGUCCAGCUUGUCACUGAACUCAGAAUGACAAGAGCCAUUCAACCUCAGAUAAAUGCCUUUUUACAAGGUUUCCAUAUGUUCAUUCCACCGUCGUUGAUUCAGUUGUUUGAUGAAUAUGAGCUGGAGCUUUUGUUGUCUGGCAUGCCAGAAAUUGAUGUGAAUGAUUGGUUAAAAAAUACAGAAUACACCAGUGGCUAUGAGAGAGGAGACCAAGUUAUUCAGUGGUUCUGGGAUGUUGUGGAAGAACUAACUCAGGAAGAAAGAGUAUUACUGUUACAGUUUGUUACUGGCAGUUCCAGGGUGCCUCAUGGUGGCUUUGCCCAUAUAAUGGGUGGAAGUGGAUUGCAAAAUUUUACAAUUGCUGCUGUGCCAUAUACUGCAAAUCUUUUACCAACGUCAAGCACAUGUAUCAAUAUGCUCAAGUUACCUGAAUACCCAAGUAAAGAAAUCCUAAAGGACAGGCUUCUUGUGGCAUUACACUGUGGAAGUUAUGGUUACACAAUGGCAUAAUGAAGUCUAGAAAACUCAUCUGUCUACUGAUGUGCAAUUCAGAGUGGCAGAAGUAAUUCUGGAAACUGUCAAUAGAAAAGCAGCUUAGGUGCUGCAGCCCAUUGGCAGGGCUGGUUUUCAGAAUUCACACAGGAUCAUCAGGUUUCUCUCUCCAUUAUAUGUUGUCAAAGUAACUUUGAUACUGUCAAAGAACGUACAUUCUCAGUAUUCUGUAUUUUCAUUUAUUUAAAUGGCAGGUCUGUAUGGAAAUCAGUUUACAUGCUUUUCAUUAUUCAGUCUGAAUCGGGAAGUUUGUCAGAAUCUCUUUCUACAGGCUUAUUUUUGAUUUUCAACUAGAUGGUUGAAUGACAUUUGUGUCAUAGUUUAUUUUACAUUCAGAUGGCAUACUAGUAAUGGACAGACGUGUACUUUUUGCCUUGUUGCAUGUGAAAAUGCCAUUUAUUUUUUCAGAGAACGCUAUUGAAAGUUCAAUUUGGAUAUUGUACAGUAAGACAGAUCUGAUGUAUUUUCCAUUUCUUUGCAUAGCAACAAAUAAAAUUUUAUAACUUUUUAGUAUUUUAAUGUAUAUAAUAUGUAAAGAUUAGACUUACAACUGGAAAGGAUAUCAGAUGAAAUUACUAUCUAAUUUAUAUUAGAAUUUACACUAUAUUCUACUAAAUAUUUAAAGUAUUUGUGACUUUAUAGUCAACUUGCAGAUUAGAAUUUGUAAAUAUUAUUUAAGUUCUAUAUCCAUUUGUUUGUUUGAAUGCCUUUACUGUUUCCUUGACAUAAUUGUAUGCUCAAAAGUUAUUAUAAAGUUUUAAUAUUUUUAC